AUUCGAUGAAACGCUGCCGGAAAGUAGUUCGCUGUCAUGGAAGCUGCGUUGGUUGAACAGAUAUCCGUCUUUUGUUGAUAAUUGUACAGUUUUAUCCCAAUUAAACCAAUCGCACGCUUUACCUAUAUGUAAAACACAGCACGCCAUGGCCGAAAAGUUUGAUAAUCUCGAAGAACACCUCGAGAAAUUCGUCGAAAACAUACGACAGCUUGGGAUUAUUGUCAGCGAUUUCCAGCCCAGCAGUCAAACCGGACUCAAUCAGAAACUGAACUUCAUGAUCACAGGACUUCAGGACAUUGAGAAAUGCCGACAGCAGCUUCAUGAUAUCAACGUGCCGCUGGAAGUGUUCGAGUAUAUUGAUCAGGGUCGUAACCCUCAACUGUACACGAAGGAGUGCUUAGAAAGGGCUUUGGCUAAAAAUGAGCAGGUCAAAGGAAAGAUUGAUACACUGACUAAAUUUAAAAGCCUCCUCAUUUCUGAGCUGGGGAAGGUUUUUCCUGAAGAGAUGGCUAAAUAUAAGGCCAUUCACGGGGACGACCCUCCUUCAUAAGUCACCAGUGCCACAACACUUCAGACGCAAGAUGUACAUAUGUUGAUAUUAGUAUAACACGUUUUUUAAGGUUGAAUCCAUCAGUGAAAUAUGCAAAUUUUUACGGCUUUUUCAUCUUUGUAUUUGCCUUUGUAAUUCAUACGAUUACAGUUUAGAAACUGAGGGACAUUUUGGGGGUGGGAUGCGUCCCUGAAACGGUGCAAAGCGUUUCUUUUCCCUCAUGCAUUGUAAUUUUCACAGCAUUAUUUUUAGUUGAAUAAAUGAUUAUUUUGUGUAAUGACGAA